GGGAGUGGCGCUCCUGGACUCCGCCCACAAUAGUCAGGCGGGCCUGAAGUUGGGGCCUGCAAUGUAUUGACCCUGGAGAAGGCAGGGCAAUCAUGGCGAAAAGCUGGAAGUCCGGCUGACUUUUAUUUAUGAACCCUACCGUUCCAUGUAAACUCCUUUCUUCUUAAUAGGACAGGAGUUUCCUCGUUGGUUGGCGGGUUUAUGCGGUACUCGGUUAAUAACGAAGGACAUGGAGGUUUUCGCAGAGGGAGAGACGGACGAGCGAAAGAAGGAACUGUGGAAGCUGCUGUCCAGCCUGAAGACCACAGUUGAGGGUCUUGUUUCUACAAACAACCCAAACGUUUGGUCCCGCUAUGGUGGCCUGCAGCGGCUGCACAAAGACAUGAACAACAUUCUCAGCCAUGAACUGAAAAAUGAACAGGUGUACUACAAACGCAGAGACUACUGGCAAUUUGUGUGGUGUGUUCGCUACAUCAGCCCCCAUCUUGCCUCGCACGUUGAACAGUUUAGUAAUCUGGAUCCGGUGCUGAGCAGUGGGAUGCAGAGUGCAGGUGAAAGCUACAAGGCGGAGCGUUGGCUCCUUCACAGCUUACAGGUUCACAUGCUGUCGGCUCAGCUCAAACCUCUGCUCAGGCAUCUCGGACACACUCGUAAAUAUUACAACGAUGAUGCCUUUCUGCUUAGUGAGCCUCAUGUGACUGCAAUGUUUCAAUGUCUGGAAGCCGUGGAGCAGAAUAAUCCCAAACUGCUGGCCCAAGUCGACACCGUUGGACUGUCUCCCCUGAAGAGCUCUCCAUGCCUGGGCCUUUUAAAGAGCCAGAGCCUUUGUCUGCUGCCUGGAGCCUGGAGGAAUGCUGACGCGGCUCCUGGAGGAGAGACUCUAAACCGCAGACUCACCACCUCCAACUGCUCUCUGCGAGAAGCAGUGUCCACCAACCAUCAGUCUGCAUGUACGGCUGGAUCUAGAUCCUAUGACAGCGACAACACAUACACUACCUCUCCAGACAGCAGCUUGGGAGUUCCCUGGGUGCUUGUAUCCAGACCGGAGGACAGUGACCGGCUCACGACGCCCCCUCCUGGAUCAGGAUCUAUUCCUUGCACACCCCUAACAGAUUCCCCCCCUUUUUCCUCCGUUCACCCUGAAGACUCUUGUGACGGCGACUCCGAUGAUGGUCCAGAGUAUCUGGCAAUCGGCAACCUGGGCCACCGUAGCCGCAGGGAUUCUCGAGGGUCCUCUCCCAGCAGUGAGCGGGAUGAAGUCAAGGAACAGUAUCCACAGAAAAGCUCUGUGGCCCCAACGGCACCGAGGCGCUCGUCAUUUUCAGAGGGCCAGAGGGGGCCGGGUAAAAGCACACUAGGACAUACACGCUCUUUUUCUGACACGGGACUCAACCAGAAACUCAGAAAUGGAGGGGGCCAAAGAAAAAUCACCAUAAUAAUAGAGGAUCCUGUAGCAGAAUCAGCAGGUGAACAUUCCUCUGGGAAGGACUACAGUCCAUUUUCUUCUCAGCCCAGUGAUUCCAGCAUCAACAGUUCUACAUACAUGGAUUCUCAUGGCUCCCAGUACAGCAGUCUUCGAGACGGAUUGUUCAGGAAGCCCUCAAAGGGGCAGAGCCUCAUCAGCUACCUGUCAGAGCAGGACUUCGGCAGUUGUGCUGACCUCGAAAAGGAGAACGCUCAUUUCAGCAUUUCGGAGUCCCUCAUUGCAGCCAUUGAACUGAUGAAGUACAACCUGCUGCGUCAGGAGGAAGAGUGUGAAGAGGAGGGAGACAGCGACUCUGAGAUUCAGCAGCUCAAGCAGAAGAUUCGCCUGCGGAGGCAGCAGAUCCGACGCAGCCGCGUGCCGUUUUGCACGCCUUCACAGCAUCAUUUCCACUCCACUGACAGCGGGGGCUCCAGGAGGAGCUCUCAGGACUCCUACCAGGGCCUGUCUGACUCUGGCUCAGCUGAGGAGGUGGAGGAGUGUGAGCUUCAAGAUGGCUGUGAGGGUCAGUCCCUGCUGGCGGUGUCGCAGAGCGGCCUCUCCCUGUCGCUCGCCUCCCUCUUCUCAGAUGCUGAUAUUAAGCGCAGUGUCAGCUCCAGUGGAAGGUCUUUUCUCAGCUCGGAGUCUAUCUCUCCAUCCUACCUCCAGUCGAACUCAGCUGAGUCAGUGGCCAUGGGCUUACUCAGGCAGUUUGAGGGCAUGCAGCUUCCUGCGGCCUCGGAGCUGGACUGGCUGGUUCCAGAACACGACGCUCCACAGAAGCUGCUGCCCAUUCCCGACUCUCUGCCGAUCUCUCCUGAUGAUGGCGAACACGCAGACAUCUACAAGCUGAGGAUUCGGGUGCGGGGCAACCUUGAAUGGGCGCCGCCUCGACCUCAGAUCAUCUUUAACAUUCACCCUCCCCCCAAAAGGAAGAUUAUUGUGGUAAAGCAGAACUACCGCUGUGCUGGUUGUGGGACCCGCGUUGACCCAGAUUACAUCAAGCGGAUGCGAUACUGCGAGUACCUGGGCCGCUACUUCUGCCAGUGCUGCCACGAAAACGCUCAAGCCGUGGUUCCCGGUCGAGUGCUGAGAAAGUGGGAUUUCAGCAAGUAUUACGUCAGCAACUUUGCCCGGGAUCUUUUGAGCAAGAUCGCUGGAGACCCGCUCUUCAAUCCCAACGACAUCAACAGCGGCUUAUACAAGAAGAUCAAAGCUCUGGAGUCUGUUCGAGUUCUGAGAGUGCAGCUGUUCCACAUGAAGAAUCUCUUUAAGACGUGCCGCUUCGCUAAAGAGAUUCUGGACCAGUUUGACAGCCUGCCUGGUCACCUGACGGAGGACCUUCACCUGUACUCGCUCAACGACCUCACCGCCGUGCGUAACGGAGAGCUGGCCCCCCGAAUGAAGGAGCUGCUAAAGCUGGGCACCAUGCAUGUAGCGGGCUGUAUGCUGUGCCAGGCAAAGGGCUUUGUGUGCGAGUUCUGUGGCAACGACAAAGACAUCAUCUUUCCCUUCCAGCUGAGCAAGUGCCAGCGCUGCGAAGAAUGUCGGGCGUGCUACCAUCGAACCUGCUUCCAAACCGGAAAAAAUUGCCCUCGAUGUCGGCGGCUGGCGGAGCGCAGAGAGAGAAUGGCGCGCAAAAACAUGGAGGAACAAGAAGAUGAAGGAGGCGGGACUUAACGCUGGUUAUUUGGUAAUGAAGACGAGCACAACGCGACCACGAUUGUAGUCCAGAAUCAUCUCAGUUUCUUCUUGUUCCAGUCCUGUCACAUCGGUGAUGGAGCUCACUGCUAAUAAAGCUCUUAGUGAUCAGACUGUUUAGACAUGCAGUACGUCACAUGUAAAGGGGAACAAAAAUUCUUCUAUUUUUUCCAUGUUUUACUGUAAAAAAUGCACCUUAUUUUCUGAGUACGUCCAGUUUGGAAGUGGAUUUAGACAGCAGCUGCUUUAAGGAUGAGGACAUUUUUAUGAAACAUUUGUUCACCAACUAAUUACUACUAAAUCUCUUUUAAAAAAGACAAGUUUGUGUCCUCAAAGCAACCACACUGGUGUUCAUUUCUGUUGAUUUAUUCAGUUAUAAGGUGAUUAUGAAGAUUCUUACGUUUCCACUGCACUUUUGAAUGUUAAUACGAGCUGCCUCUUAUCUGCUGGAUUCAGGUCUGAUGCUUCCUCCCUAAAUGCUAUGACUGUUGCUCGCUUAGCUGAACAUUUUGUCAAUUUGAUCUCCUUUUUUAAUUUGAUUAUUCUAUAAACAUUCAUGGCUUUUUCUUUUUUUUUAACCUUCUUCUUUUUGUUUUAUUCUUUUGUGCCUUGGAGACUAAAAGCGUCGGCGGAGACUGCGGCGUCUCAGGAUCGAUGAAUUUGCAGCUCCAGAUUUCAGAGAUCCACAUGAAAUCUGGCUGCAUAUUCUCAAACAUUCGUGCUGCUUUGUUACUAAACUGAACCAUCCAGUCGACCUGCUGUUUCUGCGUCGAUGCACAAACGCUUUCAAACCAGCCUAAUCAGCACUUAAACGUUUUGUAACUUGCUAGUUUGUGGACUAACAGGGUUAAUUGCACUGAUCACGCGUGUGGUUUGGUUUUUGUGAUAAUUUUUUUUUUUCUUCUCAAAUGUUCGUUUUAAGAACAUAAAAGAUGAUUCUUGAUGAAGCUCUUGUUAACACUAUGAGCGCUUUACUUCUAAUUUAAGUUUUGACUUUGAUGGCUUUAAUCUUUAUAUUUGAUCAGUUUUCUUCCACUAAUCUGUGGCUAUUAUGUCGGGAGAUGUAUUAAAAUAAUUAAUUGUUGCUAUUUUUGAGACCCACUUAGGGGUUAAGUGCCUCAGUGUUGUAGAAUCUGCACACAUUGUCACAAGAAAAGAAAAUCACAGAAAUGGUGAAAAAGUUUUUUUUCCUUCCACAGUUAACUAUUGAAGCUCUCAGGUUUAUUUCCUCAGAAUUGCUUUCCAGCAGUUGUUGUUUGUUUGUAGUUUGCACUUUGAUGAGGCUGAUUUUAGAGCAAUUUCUAAUCUGUGUUUAUUUUUAAGCAUUAAAAGGACAAAUUAACCCGUAUUCAUGCGUAUUUUCUAAAUCAGUAUCAUUCCGGUCACUUGAUAAAUGCAUUGUUAAAUGAAAAGGCUUUAUGUGUUUUUAGAAAAUGUUUCUCAAUAUUUCCAUGGAUUUAUUUUUCUCUGAAAGAGUUCAACAUUCAGCUUCCAGGUGAGGCCAGCCGCUCAUCUCUGACAAACCUCUUCAGCCCACCUGUCUGUCUGUCUGUGGACUGCCUUUAAAAUGAAGGAGUAACGAGGUUGAAAAUGCACUACAUAUUUAAAUGUGUGUCAUUAAAAUGUCUUAAUACGUUUGUUCAUCCUAAAUUGAUUUGAAUUUGUAAUCUUGUUAACAAUAAAUGACUGGCAAGACUGUU